AUGCAAGUAAUUGAGACCUCCCCGAUAGAGUUAGAACAAUUACUACCAGGAUGGACACAUAACAAGAAUAAAGUCUUGGUUAUUGUGAGAAUACUUAAGAAAGUUCAUUUAAAUUACUCUGGCAAUAGAUUGAUACUUGUAAGUUUUUUCAUGAUAUUGUUAUCUUUCUGUAUGAAUAGUACAAUUAAUACACAUCAAUAUCUAUGCAAAUAACUGUCUUAAAUAAUUAAGCUAAUCAAAUGGCUAUUCCUCCUGACCCACAGAAACCAUCCACUACAUCCGAUUCUGAAGAACUUAUUUUUAAUUUAUUUGCAAUGUAAGAACUCAUCACCUUAAAAUGAUAGUCAACUCAAACCUCAGGUAUUACAGAAUACCAAGAUUCUUCGUAUAAAAGUAUAAUCUCAUUAAACUUUUUAAAAAAGAAAUGUCUUUUCUUAUAGUACAUCUGUAAGUGUUUAGGUAUGUCAUCAGAUAAGCCAGAGACCAUCUUACAACUGA